CAUGAAUCGAUCUCACCGAAUUACAUUCAUUGUUAUUCUUAUAAUCGUUCCGGUCUUCCUGCUCGCGUUAUUUUAUAUUGACGGUGAUUUUUGGAAUAAAACUUCAACGCAGAUAUGGAGCUUUUCAAGGUUCUCAAGCUGCAAAACUCACGCGCAGGUCCAAGAUUUCCCCAAACCAAAUAUUGGGCCAUUUCCGAAUGACAAUCCCCCCUCCUGUACCUGCCAAAAUGCUCCGCCUGCAAACCAAUAUGUGUCAAAAGAUGAACUUGAAGACCUCCAGAAACGCAGAGCAGAGGAGUACAGACAACACCAGAUCAGGAUGGGGAAACAGAAUGACGUUCUUCUUCUGGCCCCUGCCAACACUCCACUCCAGUAUCCAAUUAAAGGAUUCAGAGUUACUCCCAUGAAGAAAACACUCAUUCCUGGUCUAGUUCUGCAAACUCGUAUGAGAACACUUUACAAGGUGUCACUUAGUGUUCAGAAAGGAGUGCUCUCAGUGAUGGAUGUUCAGGAGGGAGAACAUGUGGAUGGCCAGAAUGCGAUAAAUCUGACCAUCUCAUCCAGCAGUCUCCAUCAACUCAAUGACCUUCUGAACAGAGUAACCUACACCAGCACCGUCUACCACAUCAAGACAGAAGACCUCGCUUACUUUUCUUUUGAGAACCAUGAGGUCAUAUUCCCAAUUGUUAUCAGACGACCAUCAGUUCCUGUUCUGUUUGACUCAGGGAAAGAUAUAAACUCACAGGUGACCAUAUUAGUAAAGGCAUUUUUGAGAUAUAAAGAACUACAUGUACUCAUCAAGAGCAUCCGUCAGUUCUACCCAAACAUAAAGAUCAUUAUUGCCGAUGACAGUCAUAACCCAGAGAAGGUUGUUGGAGAUAAUAUAGAACACUACAUCAUGCCCCCUGCACAGGGCUGGUUUGCCGGCAGAAAUCUGGCAGUGUCACAGGUCACCACUAAGUACUUCCUGUGGGUAGAUGAUGAUUUUGUAUUCCUGAAUGAGACUCGUAUCGAGAGCUUUGUGAAGAUUUUGGAAGCUGUUCCUGAUCUAGAUGUGGUUGGUGGUGAGGUGCAAGGAAAUCGUUUCUUCUUCAGACUACAAUAUGAAGAAGGAAGCAGCGAGGAAGGCGGUUGUAUCAAACGUGUGAGAGGUACGCAUACACCCCUGCCAGGCUUUAAUGGGUGCUUCUAUGCAGAUGGAGUCGUUAAUUACUUCAUGGCUCGGACUGAUGCAGUGCGGAAGGUCGGUUUUGACCCAUUCCUGAAAAGAGUGGCUCAUACUGAAUUCUUCCUCGAUGGACUUGGAGAUUUGUUAGUUGUCACCUGCAAAGGUCUCAGGAUUGGUCACCAGAAAAAAAGUUCCACUGGCAAAUAUGGUUCCUACAGGCAUCCUCUGAAAAGCGAUUCUCGGAACAAAAUUAGCCACCAUUAUUUCAAGAAUCAUCUAAAAUGCAUCGGGUACUAAGGGAAAAUGUAGAUGUCAUGUCCUCUAGGUGAAAACCUUUUCCCUCAUAAAAUGAAUUUUACUGUAUAAUAUAAUUCUAUUUAUGUAUAUCUAAAUUCUGUGGUGCAAUUAUUUGUAGAAUACCCAUGAACUGAUAGGAGUCAAAUCUGGUUACAGGUGUUUUGAAGUUGGGUACAUACAGUACGAUUUGGUAUAUAUUUUUUUAAAUCAGUGGUUCUUAACUGGUGGGAAAAUCUGCUAUGAUCAUGGACAGCUGGGAAAAACAAUGCUAAAUGCAAAUAAUACAACUGAUAAUAAUUGUAUACUAAAUAAUACAAAAUAAUUCAUUGAAAGGGGGACAUCUAUAGGGAGUGACUGUAGGAGGUAGUUGAAUUUUGGAAUACAAUUCAUUUUAAUUACAUUAACCUUCCCAAUCAUAGAUAAAUGUGAUGAAGCCCACCUGCCCACAUCGCUCGAAAACCUUUUUAUUAAAGGGUCAAAAUGAACUCUAACUAAAUUACACAAAUGUGCUGGGAAUAAAAUACCCAAAUACUUAAUGCCCUGUUUGGGCCACUGAAUGGCACCCGGCUGAAAAUUGGGCAGUACGCUGUCAGAGCCAAAGCUUCAGAUUUAGACCAAUUAACUCUGUAUCCCGAGAACUUAGAAAAGGAAUUAAUAAUUCUGUGGAGGCUAGGCAUAGAGCUAGAAGGGUCAGAGACAAAUAAUAAAAUAUCAUCUGCGUAAAGCAGAAGCUUAUGCACCACACCUCCCACCAUCACCCCUGGAAAAUCAUCAGUGUUGGGGAAGCUACUUUGAAACUGGAGUUUUACAAGCUACUCAUAAUUUUAAGUAGUUAAGCUACAGCCAAGCUACUCUUUUGAAAAAGUAGUUAGCUACACUACAAGUUACUAUCAAAAAGAAGCUAGCUACACUGAAGCUACUUAAUAAGGCAAUAUUUUUUUUAAUGUUACUAUCAAACCAAUAAUAUUAAUAACAAAAUGUACACUAAUGACAGUUAAUAAUUAAUGUAUUAAUUAAAUACAUUUAAUGUGUUUAACUAAAUAUAUUACAUUUAUUUAAUGCAUUUAAUGAAUAGUAACAUUAAUACAGUUAAUAAUGGCCAUAAAAUAAAAUAUAACAGUAUAACAUAAAAACAAAAAAGAUCAGACGUUAUUAAAAAAAUAUUUUUUAUACUAUACUUCACACUUUUCAGUCCUGCUGUGUGUAGCCUACUUCCCUAAAGAUCACAUUUUUAUGACAAACUCUCCUUGGGCUGGCAUUUUUUGUUCUUGUCACAUAAUAUUUAGUGUGGAUAAUAUGUGAAUAAAGACGCAGGGCUUGUUUCUCCCCUCUCUUGGGUUCAUGCUCAUUGUAUUUUCUGACUUUUUUGCCAUUGACAUACAAGUGCUAGCUUUACAGG